AUGGAAGGACUGUAAAGAUUUACAGGAUCCACAAGAGUUACAAAACCUUUGCUAAUAUUUAUCAUAGCCUCUCACUGUAGCCUCCAGGUAUAGACUGUUGGGGAAAACAUUUUCCAGUUUUGGAGAACAUAGUCUGUAAUGACUGCUUCUAACCUCAGGCUCUUUCUUAGGCACUGAAAGGCUUGGUUUCCACCAGCAGAUUCUGUGAUGGCAGCUACUAAGCCUGUUCCCGGUUUCCAGCUGGAACACCAGAAGAGACACUCUCAGCAUAAACUCGUACCUAGCAAAGAGGAAGGUUUAAAGGAUCUCUAUGCCGGCAAGAGACAAGGAUAUUCCUGUUCUCCUGCCCCAGAAAACAGUCAGUAUGGAUCCAGGCACAGAGACUCCUGUUUAGGUGGACUGCAGACCACCAGCCACAGCAGGACUCCACCAUCUAGACCAGUAGCCAGACGGAAAGAAGGAGUGGACCGUGCAUAUCCCCUGAAACCAAUUGUUCCCCAGCAGGGUACGAGUGUUCCAGCGGUCAACACAGCACAGUUUGGAAGUGCCCCAUACACGGAGGAAGCUGCAAACAGCAGCCCUAGCUCAAUGAGCAAAGGGAGGUAUCAGCCAGCUGCAGUGCUCUCUCCUUGGCCAGCAGAAACCGAACAGUCAGCCUUCCCAUACAGGGGGCAGCUGUCCUCCUUCCAAGAGUUGGAGGCAAAUGCACGGAAGCUGGAAAAGGAAAUCCAAGGGCAAAAGGCCCUCCUCAGAGAGAAGCUGGAGAGAACAACUGAGUUGCUUAGGAGGAUUCAAAGAGAGAAAGAGCUUGCUGAGAAAGGGAAGAGAAGGUGCCCGGAAGCGGAGAGGACCUGUAAGCCAAUGUCUGCCAGGUACCCUGAAGAGAAAAUCUUCAGAGGUGCAGCUGGGCCGGAUGAUGGGGUCUUGCAUGGGGCACACUGUGCAGAGGCUGUUAUCCUCAAGCCUGGCACCACCCUCUGCCCCCAGGAACUGGCUAUGGGGAAACACAAGGAGAGGUUGGUAGCCAGCAACAACAAAAUUCAAGGCCACAUGCCAACGGAGCAUUUAGCAUCUUGUUCAAGGCCAGACCCAAAAUGUGGCUCUUCUCCCUCUGCCAUCUCAGAGCAAGUUUCUGGUAACCAUCCAUCCACAAAGGUGCUACACAUGCAGGCUGGCAGUGCUGUGGAGCAGGGGAAGCUGGGACAGUGCUACAUCUGUGGACGUAACUUCCUCUGCACCAGGCUUGAGAAGCACAUAAGUAUCUGCAGCAAACUCCUAGGCUCCAAGAGGAAAGUGUUUGACUCCAGCAAGGCCAGAGCUAAGGGCACACAACUGGAAGAGUAUCAGCAUCGGACACUUAGAACUGGAAAGCUCACAGCCUUGGAAGGGCCUGAGGGCAAGCCACACAGAAAGAAGAGCUGGAAACAGAAGCAUGCAGUUCUCAUCCAGACCACGCCUAAGGCCUGCCAGGUGCCAGGAGUCCUUGGCAAGAGAGGGAAGACCUCUGAAGUUCCCCCAUUGCCUCCCAUCAAAAACCCAGAUUGUAUUUCCUGCCCCGACUGUAAAUGCCGAUUUGAUCCAGUUUUCUGCUUAUAA